GAGGCGGGAGGCAUUUCCAAGAUGGCGGCCAGUAUGGACGAGUGGGUGGGCAGUGCUCACCUGUUUGUCCAAGCAACCUCGAUAGCCGACUUUCUUCCUUCAUGCUACAGAAACCCAGAUUUGAAGCCCCAUGUAUACAAAGCAUUGAGGUUGGCAUUUGCAGAAUCCAUAGGGGGCCUUAGCGGGGUGGAUAUUCUGAAGGUCCAUUGCAGUGACCCUGAUUUGAUCAUCCAACUCAAAUUCCACAAGCAAGAGAACUGCAGAAAGUUCCUGCAAAGCUACCAGCAAGGAGAGUUUCAGGAAGUUCUCCAGGGGCGUCUCAGGUGCGUGCCCUUAGACAGCGUAAAGCUCAUCAAGAUGGAGCUGAAGGCUGGUGCUAAAGAUUUGGAUUUCAUCAUCCAGGAAGAAGAACGUUGUCUGGCAUACAUCUCUCAGCAGAAGCCGGAUCACCUCAGAGAUGAAGAAAUAGCAGAGCUGGAAAAAUCGUUCAUGAGUUUUUCUUUACGAAAAAGUCACCCUCCAUCCCUGAAGUCGCAGCCCUCUUCAGAUCCUCCCCUUCAUCACCCCAGAGAUGAAGAAAUAGCAGGGCUGGAAGAAUCGUUCACGAGUUUUUCUUUACGAAAAAGCCUCCCUCCAUCCCUGAAGUCGGAGCUCUCUUCAGAUCCUCCCCUUCUCACUUUGAAUUCCUCCCCUCCGUCUAUCAGCCCUCCAGGGAUUUCAGAUCCUCCGCUUAAAGAGGACACCUUCAUUUUCCAGAACCAGCAAUUUGCCAACCGAAAAAUCACCGCCGAUGACCAUCAGAAAUUUGCCAAACUGGUGUCAAAGAAGUGGAAACAGGUGGGCCGGUCCCUCUGCCUGCAGACCAAGUGCCGGGCCCUUCGGGACCCCUUCAUUGACAACCUGGCCAUUGAAUACGAACGUGAAGGCCUGUACGAACAAGCCUAUCAGAUGCUCCGCAGAUACAUUGACUCAGAGGGCAAAAAGGCCACCGUUCAGAAUCUGGUGGCCGCCUUGGAAGACAAUGGCCUCAUCAGCUUAGCCGAAGAAAUUUUGGGUCUCCACCAAAGUGACUUGUCGUGAAGACAAAAGUGAGCCAUUUUUUGUU